AUGAGCAGUCAAGGUUCGUACUCAGGAAAAGGCAAGCGACCGCAAUACCAGGGACAGGGACAGACCAAUCCGUAUGGACAAGGACAGGCCAGCCCUUAUGGGCAAGGCUUCGCCGGUCAACCGCCAGGCCGAGCAAUGGGCUACGACAUGCCUUACGGUCGGCCUGGAAUAGAACCGGUUCCACAUGGUGCCCCUCCGCCCGGGUAUGCGCCGCCACCACCGCAUCAAUUCAUGCCUUACCCUUCCCAGCCGAUGGGCCCCGCGCCUUAUGGCAUGCAGGCCGGCUCUCCUCAAGAUCUUCAAUCAAUGGACUUCAUGCCGAACCCGUACGCAGCACCUCCGCCCACGGCUCAAGUUAUGCCAGCAAUGGUACCCAUGUCUAUCAUCUCCCAGCCCGCACCGGUGCCUCGAACGCAAAGCGGGCAGAGAGGCUGUCCGUACGGUCCGCACGACAUGAACAUUCCUGGUUACGCAGCAGCUCAAGCCUACAUCGCGAAGCAUAACAGUUGGCGACUCCAAGCACAGAAACCGAGUCCGAAUCCGUUCGCACCAGAAUUCGGCGGAGACUCAAUCUUGAAUGAGCCCUACCCCGCUGUCGCCAAUAGCCGGAAGUCGUCCCGCAUCGCCAAUAAGAGGUCGACCUGUGUCUCGAACCGGAACUCGGCCAGCAAGUCCAGCGACGUCGGGACCCUGGAGCAGAGCUUUGAGCCGGACAGGAAGCCCAGCAAUGCAGAUGCGUCCUCGGUCUGCAAGUCCAGCAAGCAGACCUUUAAGCAGACCUGCAAGCCCAGCGAGAAGGCCUGUGAGCAGACCGGCAAGCCCAGUGAGAAGGCCUCAGAGCCGGAGCAGCUUCUAAGCUCGCAUACUAGCUGCGCAACACCCUAUCUGGCACUGGAUUUAAUGAUCCGCUAA